AUGAUCACAGACGUGCAGCUCGCCAUCUUCGCCAACAUGCUGGGCGUGUCGCUCUUCCUGCUGGUCGUUCUCUAUCACUACGUGGCCGUCAACAAUCCCAAGAAGCAGGAAUGAAAGUGGCGCUUUCUCCGCCCCAGGGUUCCAGGACAUAGUCUGAGGCAAGAUGGAGGGUAUGAGGGGCCUUCACACUUCACUUCACCCCUCUACCCAUCACAACAUACAAAGCAACUACACCUGGAUUUUUUCAAACAACUUUUAUUUCCUCAAAGUCUUCCUUAACCCUAUGGAACAAGAAGCUGCCACUGUGUAGGGCCCAGAAUAGGGGUUUCUUUUCUACUCCCUCCCCCCAAUAUAAAAAUAUAGAUAUA